AUUUUUCUUGAUCCAAACGAAACUUUUGCAAUCGUAUUUAACCAUCGCUGAGUUUCUUUCUCUUCUUUCUCAGUGAGUGUUCACAAACAACAACAACAACAAAAAAGCAUUCAGUGAAAGAAAAAAAAAAUCACUCUUAACUUGUUAACGAAGAAAACGAAAACUUGAAGCUUCAAUUUUCUAUCAAUCGUUGUUUCUGAAUCUUCAACAACACAAUCAUGUCAGGUAUGGAGAGACUUCAAAGAAUGUUCGCGGGUGCAGGUGGAGCACUAGGUGGUCAUCCACCACCGGAUUCCCCCACCCUAGAUUCAUCGGAGCAAGUUUACAUCUCUUCCCUUGCACUUCUCAAGAUGCUCAAACACGGUAGGGCUGGUGUUCCUAUGGAAGUUAUGGGUUUGAUGUUGGGGGAGUUUGUUGAUGAGUAUACUGUACGUGUUGUUGAUGUUUUUGCUAUGCCUCAGAGUGGUACUGGUGUUAGUGUUGAAGCUGUUGAUCAUGUUUUUCAAACUAAUAUGCUUGAUAUGUUGAAACAAACUGGAAGACCCGAGAUGGUUGUAGGUUGGUAUCAUUCACAUCCUGGAUUUGGUUGCUGGCUUUCUGGAGUGGAUAUUAAUACACAACAGAGUUUUGAGGCUUUAAAUCAACGGGCAGUGGCAGUCGUGGUGGAUCCUAUUCAGAGUGUUAAAGGCAAGGUGGUGAUUGAUGCGUUCCGGCUGAUUAAUCCACAAACUAUGAUGCUGGGUCAAGAACCACGACAGACAACCUCCAACCUUGGCCAUCUGAACAAGCCAUCUAUCCAAGCUCUGAUCCAUGGCUUGAACCGACAUUAUUACUCAAUAGCAAUCAAUUACAGGAAGAAUGAGCUUGAAGAGAAGAUGUUGCUUAACCUUCAUAAGAAGAAAUGGACUGAUGGUUUGACACUCAGGCGAUUUGAUUCACAUUCUAAAACUAAUGAACAGACUGUUCAGGAAAUGCUAAGUUUAGCAACCAAGUACAACAAGGCGGUGCAGGAGGAAGACGAGCUCUCACCAGAAAAACUUGCAAUUGCCAACGUGGGUAGGCAGGAUGCUAAGAAACACCUUGAAGAGCAUGUUUCUAAUUUAAUGUCUUCAAACAUUGUUCAGACUUUGGGAAUGAUGCUCGACACAGUUGUGUUCUAGAAUUAGGAUCCUCCAGUGUAUUCUUCUUCAUGAUUUUCGGCAAUAUUUCAUUAAAACUCUUUGACCUGAUUGUCUACAGAUUGUUUUCUGUUUCAAAUUUAUUUGCAUUUGUACGUGUUCAUCUCAAAUGUUACAUGUUUCAGGAUGAUAAUCAUUCAUGUUUUGAGCUAUGGAGACCCUGGGGAUUGUGCCCAAGAGCUUUAAAAUGCA